CAGCUCUGAGCUUUUAGAAAACCCAACAUGAGAUGAGAGUCAGUGACAGCGUGUGAUGAGAGGAGCGGACACUGCACCGGAAUCAAACUGCACCACUGCACUGGACCGCUGGUGGGAACGGAUCAUUUGUUUUUUUCUUUGAAUGGCGGAAACAUCCCCUGAGAAACAAGAGGCGUGAAUACAGAACUUGCAGACCAUGAACUAUGUGGGUCAGUUGGCGGGCCAGGUGUUUGUGCAAGUCAAGGAGCUGUACAGAGGUCUCAACCCCGCAACACUGUCUGGUUGCAUAGAUGUCAUCGUGGUGCGGCAGCCUGAUGGCUCCCUGCAGUGCUCCCCCUUUCAUGUCCGCUUCGGCAAGAUGGGCGUCCUGCGGUCCCGUGAAAAACUGGUGGACAUAGAGAUCAAUGGAGAGCCGGUGAGUCUGCACAUGAAGCUGGGGGAGAAUGGAGAGGCCUUCUUCGUCAAAGAGACGGAGAACAUGCUGGAAGUUGUUCCGUCCUACUUGGCAACAUCGCCCAUCAUGUCCACGGGAGAGGGGUUAAUGGAGUCCCAGCUGGGCAGGGGCACUCCCCGUCACCAUGACACCAUCCCCUGCAGCUCGCUUCCUGUCCAGAGCCUGGGACUACAGCAAAGCGAUGGUGUGGUGAACAAAAAGAGGAGGAAGAGGAGGAGGAAGACACGACUAGAGGGAGGCGGAGGUGGAGGAGGGAGACGAGAAGAGAGCGGGGAAGAGUUCUCGGAGGAUGAGGACAUGUUUACUAUUGACUUGAGCUCGGACGAGGAAAGAGAGGCUGACGACAGCAGGCCUAUAUACGGUGAUCAUGGGACUACAGCCAUCACCCAUACACAACCCGGCACUGAUUGGACCCGCUCACAGAGUCAAGCGAUUAAGGAGACUCUCUCCAUCCCUCCACCAUGUGGUCUGUCCUUCUCCUGUCCUCAGCAGACCUCUUUCUACUCUUCUCUUGUUAGCAGGCACGAUGAUUCACAGUCAUCAACACCAAAGAGCGACUCGGAGCUAACCACUCAGAAUAAAGACAACCCAGAAAUGCUGUGGACCUGGGGGGAGCUGCCACAGGCUGCCCAGCCGGCCUUCCUGACUUCCCACCAGAAGCAGGACCUGGCCACCCCAGUCUCCGUCCCACUGUCAGCCAACACUCACUUCAGAGCUAUCAGUGACUGUGGACCCCCUUCCCUUACUCUCUAUGGGCCCCAGCCAGGGGAGAGCGCUGCUACUGGUGGGCACGAGGACACAGAGGGAACCAGACACAGAGCCAGAGAUGGACUAGGUGCUAAGACUGGGGACAGGGCUGGAGGAGAGCAAGAGAGGCAGGUGGACAAUGUUGGGCCGUCAUGUGCAGAGAUGGAGGGUCUAACCGCCAGGAUUCUCCUCGAUCAUCUGGACGAAGGUGAAAACCGAGGAAGUCCCAUCAGAACAACCGAUUCACCAUCCAAGAGGAAAGAAAAGAGAAGCCAGCACCUGGGUGCUGAUGGUGUAUACCUGGACGACAUUACAGAGCUGGAGCCUGAAGUCGCUGCUCUCUACUUCCCUAAAAGCGACGGAGGCAGCAGCUCAAUAAAAGCAGACUCGGAGAUGAUGAUGAUGGGAGUGCGGAGUGCUAAUCAAUCGCCACAGUCAGUGGGCAGCAGUGGGAUGGACAGCGGUGUGGACAGUCUGUCCGACCAAUUAGGAGACCUUUCUCACGUUGCCAUCUCUUUGUGUGGAGGGCUCACUGACAACACAGAGAUCACAAGAGAGCAGUUCCAGGAAAGGGCAGUUUCUUAUCAGCAGUUCUCAGAAAACCCUUCUCUCAUUGACGACCCCAACCUGGUGGUGAAAAUAGGAAACAAAUACUACAACUGGAACACAGCAGCUCCCGUCAUGUUGGCCAUGCAGGUCUAUCAGAAACCUCUGCCGCAGGCCUCCGUGGAGAACAUCAUGAAGGAGAAGAUGCCAAAGAAAGGAGGACGCUGGUGGUUCUCGUGGAGAAGUGGGAAUAGAGACUCCAAAUCAGAAUCAGUGUCAGAGGCAGGAGGAGUCAGAGAAGAGAGCUCACUCGCAAUGGCUUCAGUCAACAGGAUGAAGGAUGAGUCGUCCUCAAGUGAUGAAGACCAAAGAUCCUCCAAUCUCAUGUCAGUAUCCUGCCAGUCAGAGCCCCUCAUGAAUUCUGGCAGCAUCUGCUAUAAGAAGACUCUGCGGCUCACAUCAGAGCAACUGGCCAGUCUGCAGCUGAAGGACGGUCCUAAUGAUGUGGUGUUCAGUGUGACGACUCAGUAUCAGGGCACCUGUCGCUGCAAUGGCACAAUUUAUCUUUGGAGCUGGGAUGACAAGAUAGUCAUCUCCGAUAUAGACGGAACCAUCACUAGGUCCGACACACUGGGUCACAUCCUCCCCACACUGGGGAAAGACUGGACCCACCAGGGUAUCGCACGGCUCUACCACAGGGUCAGCCAGAACGGAUAUAAAUUCAUGUACUGCUCGGCGAGGGCCAUCGGCAUGGCUGACAUGACGAGAGGCUACCUGCACUGGGUCAAUGAGAGGGGAACCAUGCUGCCAAUGGGGCCGGUGCUGCUGAGCCCCAGCAGUCUUUUCUCUGCCCUGCACAGGGAGGUGAUUGAGAAGAAACCAGAGAAGUUUAAGAUCGAGUGUCUCACGGACAUUAAGCACCUUUUCUACCCCAACACUGAGCCGUUCUACGCUGCCUUUGGCAACAGAGCUACAGAUGUCUAUUCCUAUAAGGAGGUGGGUGUUCCACUCAACAGGAUUUUUACUGUCAAUCCCAAAGGGGAGCUGAUACAGGAGCACGCCAAAACCAAUAUCUCCUCCUUCGGGCGUCUCUGCGAUAUGGUCGACCAUGUCUUCCCAGUCCUGGCUCAGAACGGGGGCUCAGACCUCCCCUGCUCCGACACGUUUGACCAGUGCGACUACUGGAACAAACAACUUCCUGAUGGCCCCAACCAGGAUGAGGAAGAAGGAGACCCACGGCCCCUUGAGACAAGCUGAGGAAACCCCAUUGAAUCCAGCACGACGGCUUUGCUUUACAUUGGUUUUGUGAUUGAAGUGAGUGAAGAUGCUGGUUAGAUUCAUCGAGGAACUUUGAGAAGGGUACUCAAACAUAUAAUAAUUUAAUGAACUGAGGUCUGUGACUUCACAUAAAUAACUGUGAUUCAACGUACUACUGAUUCAAAGUAGAUAAAGAUGUUUUCAGUAUUCCACUUAAACAAAUCAAAACAGUCAUUCUUGCAAUGGUGAGAACACAAGCAGUCCCAAAAGUACGAGACCUCAAAAAUUAACAGUACUGGGAAAAAAAUAGGAAAUCAUACAACUUGUGUCAGCAAAACGAGUGUGGAAAAAACCCACCGUAAUGCGAAAGCCUCAACACACACACAUUUCACACAUGCAUUGACUCAUGACACACAAACAUCAGUUAAACUUUGUAUAACACUGCAGAACAUCUUUAAAUCCUGGAUAGGACUAGUCACCAUUCUCCCCCACAUCAUCAUUCAUCUAUAGUUGAAUUAAUGUUAGGGCUGGUAUGAAAAUGAAUUUAUCUCUAUUCAUAUCACCUGAUGAUCCUUUUCUGGAUUUUUUACUAAACACAAAAAACAAUUCAUAGUUUCUUUAUUCUAAUCAUCAGCUGUCACAAGCUGGCUAUAGUUAAACAACAAUAAUAAGCAACAAUAAAUGAUAUAUUCUAUUGAGUUAUUUAGAUCUCAGUUUAUUCUCUUGUUGCAUCAGUAAUUGUUUAUACAUUUUUAUAAAAGUAUUCUGUCUUUCUUUUCUCCGUUACACACAGUAGACACUUAGCAUCUUGUUCUAUCUGCUCCAGGUGUGUGGCUGUAGUCAGCACGUACAGCAGAUACAGCAGCAGAAACAACACAUAACAUUAUAGAAACUACAUUGGGGAAGUGCAAAAAGAAAAACAAAGCACAGAUCAUGUAUCACAUCAUCUUCUGUGCCGAACUCUUCUGCAGCUCCAGCUAAAGGCAUGUGGUCGUUUGACCGUGCUACUGUGAACGAUUUUAGAUUUCCAACCAAGUGCUCAGUGCGCUCAAGUACUCCAGGUAAAUGCAGGACAAUGCAACUAACUUCAGUCCGUGUUCUUGACGUCUGUUUUUAUAUACAGUACAUACAGUAUAUGUGUGUGAAUACGUUAACUCAAGUGAUAUGCUAGAAUGUAGAACAUGAACCACUCACAGUGUGUGUUAUUCCAAUGACUAAUGCUCAUCAAUGCAAUUACAGUAUAAGGUUAUACUGGUGAAAGUCAUGUGUUAUAAUGUCACUGCAUGAAUCAGUAUACUUUCUGUCUUAUAUAUUUAUUUAUUUAAAUAUGCGUAUGUAUAUACAUUUAUGUAUGUAUAUAUAUAUAUGCACAUGCACAGACACAUAGUUGUUCAUAUAUGUAUUUUUCAUUUAUCACAUGUUCAUCCACUGAUCAAAUAAUAUUUAUCCGUCUAUUUUUUAGCACUUAUAUAGAUUUAAAUUAGGAGAAACCACUGUAAAUAAUAAUUUACAUUAUUCUUUUUUUGUUUUAUGAAGUGAACUUUAAAAAUACAUAUUUUGUCUAAAAGCUGUUAAAAUACUUGUUACUGGUGCUCAUUCAAAUACACUCAUGCAUCCAUUACUAUAAAUCUGUUUCCAUUAAACCAGUGGCCACCUGUUGCAAUAAGAGGUGUCAGUUUCAACAUGUGGCCAUGAUCAACCUUGUAGUAUUUUAGGAAAGUCAAUAGACGGAUGAACUGUCGCUGGUGUAAAGUCAGCUGGUAAUUAGACAUCUCUGGUUUAUCGUGGGCAACCCAUGUAAAAACUCUGGAGAUGAAUGUCCAACAGCUUCAAGAAAAUAAAACAAGAGUCUGAUUGUAUUCCCUGCUGUUUUUAAAUAAUUUGAAAAUAAUCUGAAAGUUACUUACCAGAUUCUAUUUAGAAAUCAACAAGGAUAUUUGUGCUCUGAUAUUAAUGUGUCAUGUGAAAUCUAAAUGCCAGAAUACAGUUAACAAGACCUCUGAUUGUGACUGAGUGUGUUAUACCGUUUGUACAUAGGAUAGAUAUGUAUGAUGCUGUGCUGUGAUCGACUUUGCUUCAAGGAAAUCUAGUCAGGAGUCCACUGGGAGGUGUUCACAUGCCUUUGAGGAACCCAGUGUUAUCUAUGUAAGAGGGAAAAAAAUGCAUGUUGUCGUAAGGUUAAAACUUCAUAUUCACAUGGAUGUAACACUGACUGUUUCAUCACCUAAUCUUUCUACUGCACAUAGACAAAGGAACAGAUUCAAUAAUAUGGCUUCCACAAUUCAUAACUAUAAGAUUUACAGUUAUGAGACUGAUCGUCUCAGUUUUAGGCUUUGGCUUUGUUAUGUUUUGUCUAGUUUGGAAAUCUUAAAUUUGAUCAUAAUUUUAACAUCUUUUGAAUCUUUUCAAACAGUUUUGUAAUUUGUUUGUAAUUACAGUGUAAAUAUCCUAAUUCUUAGCUCUUAUAAAUGAAAUGUGGAAGUCAAACUAAGAAGUGCUUUUAGAGUCUGCCAUCUCUUCGAUGAUGAAUUUUCACCUCAUUCUUUCUGUGAAAGAUUUAUGAAAGGUCUUGACUAAUUAUCAAGUCUCUCUCGAUGUUGGCAUGAAUGUGGAUCCAGUCUGCUGUCCUGUGUAAAGGUUUUGCUUUGGGGCGCUAAACAGGCAGCCCACAGCAGGAUGCAUUGCGAGCUACCGUUAACAACAUAGUUUGAAUAAUCUGUGCAAAGGACACAUUUUUCAAUAA